AUGAUCAUAGACGGGGGAAGUUGCACUAAUGUGGCUAGCACACGCGUAGUGGACAAGCUCAAGCUACCCACUAUUGCACAUGCCAAGCCAUACAAGCUUCAAUGGUUAAGUGAGGAGGGUGAAAUCUNGGUCAAUAAGCAAGUCCAUAUUUCCUUUUCUAUUGGCAAGUAUCAAGAUGAGGUUCUUUGUGAUGUUGUACCCAUGGAAGCCACUCACAUUCUAUUAGGAAGACCAUGGCAAUUUGAUAGAAAUGUUCAACAUGAUGGUCUUACUAAUAGGAUGUCAUUCACUUACCAAGGGCGCAAGGUCAUAUUAAAACAUCUCACUCCAAAGGAAAUACAUGAGGACCACCUCAUCAUGAAGUCCAAGAGAGGUGUAGAAAAGGAGAAGGUCAAGAAUAAUCUCCUCAUCUCUCAUAAAGAGGUAAUUAAAGUUAUUGGAAAAAGGGAGCCUAUUUUUUGUGUUGUUCCAUUCCAAUGUCUUACAUCCACUCCUGCUAUUAAGUCUUCCAAGCUCGAUAGUUUGCUAGAGGAGUUCCACGAUGUGUUUCAAGAUCCUCCAAAAGGUUUACCACCUAUUAGAGGAAUUGAGCACCAAAUUGAUUUUAUACCAGGAGCUUCUCUUCCAAACCGUCCAGCCUAUAGAACAAAUCCCAUGGAAACCCAAGAAAUACAAAGACAAGUAGAGGGGUUUUUGUCCAAAGGGUGGGUUCGAGAUAGCAUGAGUCCAUGUGCUAUGCUGGUCAUACUUGUUCCUAAGAAAGAUGGUUCACGGUGCAUGUGCACAGAUUGUAGGGCCAUUAAUAACAUCACCAUUAAGUAUAGGCAUCUCAUUCCUAGGUUAGAUGAUUUAUUAGAUGAGCUUCAUGGAUCCACUAUAUUUUCCAAAAUUGAUCUUAAAAGCGGAUAUAAUCAAAUUCGAACCAAAGAAGGGGAUGAAUGGAAAACCGCUUGA